AUGAUCGUUGUACGUUCAAGUCAGACUUCGGCUGAUCUCUGUCAAGGCAGCUUGCUCCAGAAGACUUUCGCCCACGACUCCGACUGCAACGAAGAAUUGCGAUUGAACCACAUCCAAGUGGUAGGCACGCACAAUUCAUACCAUCGCGAGAUCAGCCGCUCCGAGCGAGACAUUUUCGAGAAAUACAUCCCAGAUCCGGAGAAUGUGUAUUAUUCGCACUCGAAAUGGACCGACCAGCUGGAUCACCAGUCCGUCCGCUCGUUCGAGAUCGACUUGCACUCCGACACCGAAGGAGGACUCUAUGCCUUUCCUCUCAUUUGGAAAUUCAGCAAUCUGACCGAGAAGACCGCGCCGUUCAACAACUCGAUCAUGAAGAAACCGGGAUUGAAAGUCUUCCACAUCACUGACGUCGACACGAACGCCAUCUGCCAUACUUUCGUGCAGUGUCUUGAACAGCUCAAGGCGUGGUCCGAAUCAAAUCCCGGACAUCUGCCACUGACAUUCGACAUCGAGUUGAAGUCUGAUGCGCUGGCGUGUGGGCUGGGCGGCGUGUGCGCUCAAGAAGCCAAGCAGUGGACACUCGAACGCAUCCUUAACGUCGAUGCAGAAAUUCGCUCUGUCUUGUCAUCCGACAAACUUAUCGUACCCGACGAUAUUCGUCGACCAGGCCUCACACUCGAGCAGUCAGUCCUACAACACGGCUGGCCAAGCCUCAAGGAUUCUCGCAAUAAAUUCAUGUUCUACUUCGACAACGACCCAGACUCACCAGACAAGAUCAGAGACACAUACCGUUCCGACGGCUCCGAGUCUCUCCAAAACCGCACGGUCUUCACGAACGGUGUAGAAGGCGACGCAGAUGCGGCGUUCAUCAAGUUCAACCAUCCGAAUGUCACCGAGAUACAGCGACUCGUCAAGAAAGGCUACUUCAUCCGCACGAGAGCCGACGAGCCGAUCACCACUCUCUUGGAAAAGGACACGACGAUGCGAGAUAAUGCGUUCAAAAGUGCGGCGCAUGUGGUUAGCACGGACUUCCCAGCGUAUGGAAUGAGUGCGAGGUAUGAUUCGGAUUAUGCGGUUCAGUUGAAGGGUGGACGUGUUGCAAGAUGCAAUCCCGUCUCGGCGCCGGAUUGGUGUGAAGAUCGGAUGGUGCAAUAG